AUGAGUUCGAAGCGUAACAGUGGGGCAGAUGAACCGGUGGGGAAUGCGUCCAUCCGCACUAGGGGAGUAGGAAGCAGCGAAGGGGAUAAGGGCACCCUUAGGAAAGGUGGCCUUGUCGAUAGCUGCCCACUCCGUAGUGCAGGGAGCCCAAAGAACUACAGCGCAAUCCGCCCCAAUGUAAAUGAAAGCCAGCACACCAUGGAUGAUGUGUGUUCGAGAAGUUACUCAAAAAUGAACCGGGCGAAAGACGAAAGAAGUGCCCAGAGUGAAAACCCCAAAGAGGUUCUAACAAAACAGAAAAAUGCCAUUUCUGAUGAAAUUAACAACAAGGAAUCGAUAAAAUGUGCAAAGGAUAUGAGGGAAAAGAAAUGUGUAUAUAAAUUUAAAAAAUUUUCCAUCUUCUCAUUUAACAUUUUGGCGGACAGCUUAGUGGACUACAAAUACGAGAACAACUGUUCCCAUGUGAUGAGGUGGAUGAACAGGAAAGAAUUCAUUUUCCAAAAUAUAAGGAGAAAAUUAUCAGACAUUAUAUGCCUACAAGAAAUAGAAGAGUCUUAUUUCACCGAACUGCAGGAGAAACUGAAGCUGCUCAACUAUGAGGGAUUAUUUUUAAAAAAGAAAAAAGAAACUUGCCAAGAUGGAAUAUGUAUCUUUUACAAUACCAACGUUUUUAAGUUAUUAUUUUUUGACGAAAUUGUUUAUGAUAAAUCUGCCUUUUUGAAGAAAUGGCACGUAGGGUUAAUUGUCGCUUUGAAAAAUAAACUUUCGAAGAAGGUCGAAUGGUAUGAUGGAAAUGUAACUACUGGUGAUCGUGAUGGUAGUCACCAUAUGAUGGGGGACAACCACAUAAGUGGCUCCCCUGGCUUCGCCGAAUCUGCUGACGAUAUUGUCAUCGUUUCGAAUACACACCUGAUUUUCGACUCCUGUAAGGGGGAUGUCAAGCUGUACCAGCUGUGCUACAUGACGUAUCGCUUAGUCGCCAUGAUGAACAAGUGCCUGGACUAUUUGAGGACGCGCGAGAAGGGGGUGAAGCCAGGGCGCGCAGAAAAGGGAAAGAACGCGGAAGACACAGGGAGAAAAAGAAUCAGGGAGGGCUCACCCCAAGGGAGGAGAGUCCACCCAACGGAUCGCCGCGACUUCCUCAGCCCCGCCGUAAUUUUCUGUGGAGACCUGAACAUAACCCCCAACAGCCUUCUCUACUACUACAUAGUUAACAGGUACAUAAAUUUGAAGAAGAUAAACAUGAAAAACAUCUCAGGGCAGUACCUCAUGUUCAAGAAGCAGUUCUACGUCUGUAGCUACGAAAAGGGGAGUGAAAUUAAAAAAAUGUUUGACGAGAAUAUUCUGAGUGAUUUAAAAUACGACCAUUACAACACCAUGGUGGACAAUAUGAGGAGGGAGUCCCUAUUUUCUUUUUUUAAAAAUGAAAGAAUACUGGACGAGGGAUACCUAACGAGUCACUUUUUUCAACAUGGGAGUGAUGCCUAUUUGAGGAACUACAAUUCGUAUGAAUAUUUGAAGAGCAAAUUUAAGGAAGGCAAGAAUGACUGUCUUCCUUAUUGGGGGCACUCUGAGAGAAAGUCUAAUACACUGUCGGGUAGCGAAGUGGUGAGGAAUGAAGAUAAAGGCGAUGAAAACCCCGCGGUGGUUCCUGAGGAGAAGGAACAUGGAAGCAUCAAUUCUGAUGAGAUGGACCAUGAGGAGGGCGACGAGGAUGACGCGGAGCAUAGCCAUCCCGAGAAGGAAGCAAAAAUACCAACUGAUCAGCAUGACGAUGACUUCAUACUUUACUACCCCCUGUAUUUUGAAAGUAUAUAUAACAGUGUGGAUGAGGAGCGAGUAGAAAAGCCCUGCCACAAAUAUGAUCAUAUUGAUAACCUGAAAGACGAGGAAAAUAAUUUACCGCUAAGUGAUGUUCCAUUCACCGUGUUUCAUGGGAAGCAAAAGGGGUGUGUCGAUUAUAUAUUUUACUCGUAUAGGACUCUCAAGAAAAUAUCCUGUUCAGCCAUACCACCAUUCGACAAACUUGCAAAACAUGGUUGCCUACCGAAUGAGAAAUACGCCUCGUCCGAUCAUUUGUAUUUGCACGCCACUCUAAUUAGAAGGACAAAUGAUGAGGGUAGGAACGUCGACGCAUGA